GCUCCCUGCCCUCCCGGUCGCCCUUGAUUUUGCCUGAUCUGUAGCUCAUCUGCUCCCGGGCUGCACUCACAGAGCGGACACGCAGGCGGCUCCGCAUGGCUGACAGAUCGGGCAGACUCCGGGCCGGCAGACAGGAACGGCGGUGAAGGAUUCGGGCUCAGCCCUUCUGUCCAGCACUGGUGCGGUGUUAAAGAAGGACUCUGUACGUUACGUCUUUCAUUUUUAAAUGAUAAAGUAACACUUUCGUGAGGAGAUACUAGCCGUACAAUCCCUGCAUCUGGGCUUAUACCACUAAAUCAGCCGUGCGCGUCACCGUCUCCGUCACAACGCGGAAGAGGAAGAGGUUUGGACAGCAGCAGCGGAGGUUUACAGUUACACCGACUCUCCGUGCCUGUAACCGCAGGUCAGCCGCUCUUUGGCUUUCUUUCUACAGAACUCAAAGUAAACGGACUCUUUAAGGACAGGAAAACAAUCCAGUCGUGGUGACGACCUCUGAAGGCCCAAGAUAGCCACGUUCGCUGAAUUAAAUCACUGUCAGGCUUCAUGAACUUACCAGAAGACCUUCAUCCAGAGCCUCUUACAGCGAUAAGUGCUGUAAGAGUUCCGCAGGGACUGUGCACAAUGCUGAGUACACCUCCUUCUUCCUCUUGUUGUUCUCCUCUGACUUUCUGUUUGUGUCGUUCUGUAAUGGAAAUCAUGACCAUUUUAGCACCAUAAUGCUAGAAGAAACAUUUGUCUAUGUAUUAUCACACUACCCCUAUUCAUUGUUAAUUAGAACUGUGGUUAGAUGGAAAAUAAUAAUCUCAAUUAUAUAUACGCCCUGCGAUGGACUGGCGACCUGUCCAGGGUGUAUCCUGCCUUUCGUCCAAUGACAGCCGCGAUAAGCUCCAGCACUCCCCAGCGACCCAGAAGGAGAAGCGGCUUAGAAGACAUUCACUGCAAUGAUGGAGGGACCAUCUAAAAGUGAUGCUACACCUGGAACCUCCAAAAGCGAUAUUACGUCUGUUGCUGCUCAAGUGCCAUUUCUUCACCUGUGCACAGUUUUGGAGAAGAUACAGAAAGCCAAACUUAGACCAGAUAAAGCCAAGUUCUUAAAAGAUUUCAUGGAUUCAUGGAGAAAGUUUCACGCAGCCCUUCACAAGGAUAAUCCCAACACUACAGACUCAUUCUACCCAGCCAUGCGUCUAAUUGUGCCUCCGUUUGAAAGGGAACGAAUGGCCUAUGGCAUCAAAGAAAACAUGUUAGCCAAACUCUACAUUGAGGUUCUGGGUCUUCCAAAAGCUGGCCCGGAAGCAAACAAACUUCUCAAUUACAGAGCUCCCACUACAUCCCAGGGGGAAGCAGGAGACUUUGCCCUUACAGCUUACUUUGUUCUCAAAAAGAGAUGCACCAGCCAAGGUAAUCUAAGCAUUAAAGAGGUCAAUGACUUUUUAGACUCUGUAGCUAUGAAUAAUGCUGGCAAACAGAAAGACCUUGUGAAAAAAAGCCUUUUACACUUAAUUACUCAGAGCUCAGCUCUGGAGCAGAAGUGGCUCAUUCGUAUGAUCCUGAAAGAUAUGAAACUUGGUGUUAGUAAGGAAACGGUGCUCCAGGUUUUCCACCCAGAUGCUCCAGAACUCUACAAUGUCACCACAGACUUGGAUAAAGUUUGUAGACAGCUUCACGAUCUCUCCAUUUCCUUGAAUGAGGUAUCCAUUGGUCUCUUCUCUGCUUUCAAACCCAUGCUGGCUGCUGUAGCCAACAUGCGCCAAGUAGAGAAACAGAUUGGGAACCAGACCUUUUACCUUGAAACCAAGCUGGACGGUGAACGUAUUCAGCUUCAUAAAGAUGGGGAUGUUUACAAAUAUUACACACGCAACUCAUUUGAGUAUACGCAGCAGUUUGGGGCCUCACCACUAGAGGGUUCCCUCACACCGUACAUCCAUAAUGUCUUCAAGCCUCAUGUGGUCAACUGCAUCUUAGAUGGGGAAAUGAUGGCUUACAAUCCCAUGACAGAGACCUUCAUGCAAAAAGGCAGUAAGUUUGACAUCAAGAGGCUGAUGGACGACUCAGAUUUACAGACUUGCUUUUGCGUGUUUGAUGUCCUGCUUGUCAAUGACCAGAAGUUUGGAAAUGAGCCUCUCAAGAAGCGUUACGACACUCUCCAGACGGUGUUCACACCCAUCAAAGGCCGGAUCCAGCUGGUGCCCAGAACUGAAGCCAAAACCAUGCAGGAAGUGGUGAAUGCCCUCAACGAGGCCAUCGACGACCGGGAAGAAGGGAUCAUGGUCAAAGACCCCAUGUCCAUCUACAAGCCAGACAAACGUGGUGAAGGGUGGCUAAAGAUCAAACCUGAGUAUGUGGAUGGUCUCAUGGAUGAAUUGGAUUUGCUGAUAGUGGGAGGCUACUGGGGGAAGGGUAGACGGAGUGGGAUGUUGUCCCACUUCCUCUGUGCCGUUGCAGAAACUCCGGCUCCUGGAGAAAAGCCCACAGUGUUCCACACGCUGUGCCGCAUUGGAUCAGGCUACACCAUGAAGGAGUUGUAUGACCUUGGCCUGAAGCUCGCCAAACACUGGAAAGUUUACCGCAAGAAUGACCCUCCAGCAGCCAUUCUGUGUGGAACAGAGAAGCCUGAAGUUUACAUUGAGCCACGGAACUCAGUGAUCCUCCAAGUGAAAGCAGCAGAGAUAGUAACCAGUGAUAUGUAUAAGACUAACUGUACACUGCGUUUCCCUCGGAUUGAGAGGAUCAGAGAGGACAAAGAAUGGCAUCAGUGCAUGACCUUGGAUGAGCUAUGUCAGUUCCGUACAAAGGCCUCAGGUAAGCUGGCAUCCAGGCACUUCCAAAUCCAGGAAGACCAGCCAGACAAGAAGAAACGUAAGCUUGGGACUAAGCCCAAGAAAACCAUUGGUAUCAUUGAUCACUUCAAAUCUCAAGACCUCUCUGCAGUCACUAAGGAGACAGACAUGUUUGAAGAUGUAGAAUUCUGUGUGAUGAAUGGAAACGAUACCCAUUCUAAAGCAGAACUUGAGAAGGCUGUGGCCCGUUGCGGAGGGAUCGUGGUGCAGAACCCUGGAAAGGACACCUACUGUGUCAUUGCUGGUGUGGAGAACAUGAGGGUGAAGAACCUCAUCCGUUCUGACCAACAUGAUGUUGUGUGGGCUUCCUGGCUGCUGGAAUGUCUGGAAAGGAAACAGGUGCUACCAUGGCAACCACGGCACAUGAUCCACAUGUCGCCUUCCACGAGGGAGCACUUCGCUAAAGAGUAUGAUCGCUAUGGAGACAGUUACUACAUCGACACGGAUGAGCAGCAGCUGAGAGACAUCUUCGGCAGAAUUGAACCGGCUGAAGUGGACACGACCUUUGCAGCUUCAGUAGAGGAGAAGUAUGGCUGGGAUGACUUGCCUACUAGCAUGUUCAGACCGUAUUGUGCCUACUUUGAUCGGUGUACUGACAUCAAUGACCCAGAAAGUCUCAUCCGGGGUACGUGUUUAGACACUAGGGCUCUGGAGUUCCGAUUUCAUGGAGGCACUGUAUUAGAAAAACUGGAGGAAGGCAUCUCGCAUGCGGUUGUGACAGAGGAGGUGAGAUUAUUGGAUCUGAGGACAUUGAGACGUCUGUUUACGAAGAAAUUCAAGAUUGUUCGAGAAACAUGGGUAGCUGAUUCAAUUAAAGCGGGACACUUACUUAAUGACAAUGAUUACCUCAUGUAAUGGUGGAGGCACCUGGCGAAAAACUACAUAACACUUAAAUCUUGGUUCCAGCCAUUAUGAAUUUUUAAGAGAUGUGUGGCUCUAGUAGUACUUUUUAAAUUGCUGAAAUGCAAAAGAUUUUAGAAUAACCCAGUAAUGAUUUUUGUUCAGAUUUGUUUUAUUCACAAAGGCCUUUUAAAUAGAUAUGACUUUUUGGGUGUGUUUUUAGUUUUACACAAACAUUCUCCUAUUGAUUGUUUUAAUUUAUUCGAUCCUUGAAGCUUUUAUGGAAGACCAUUUCAUCAUGUUCUAGAAGAAUGGCAGGGAAUGCUUUUACAAUGUAUUUUGCUAUAUUUAAGGAAUUGAGAAUAUUGUUGAUAUGAAUUAAUAAAGAUUCGAGAGGUGAA